AUGGGUGAUCUCUACCACCAGCUCGAGGCAGAAUACUGUCCUCCAAUAGAUUCCGCUCUGUUCUCUGCCAUUAUCUCCGACUAUGACUUGACAAACUCAGAAGCCGCCAUUGAGGUCAAAGCCACACUGGACGCGCUUAAAGCCACCGCUAUCGAAGAAGAGGCUACCGGCUUCGAUGCCUCUGGAAGUGGUGCCCAACACGAAGACUACAGCCCUGAACAUCCCACAUCGUUACCGGAAACUUCGGGCUCUGUUUCAAGGGAGACCGAUAUGACCAGUCUGUCCAAUGGUCUCUCGAGUGUUGAUCUGGACUCCGAAGGCUCGCCAGACCGUGGAGAAUAUGAUUUCGAGGCUUGCGACCAGGACACCAAAGUCUCUAUCCUGAAGGAUAUUUUUCCUUCGCUUUCCGAAUACACAAUCUCGCACACACUCGCCCACCACGACUCAAAAUGGAAGCCCGCUUUUGACGAUUUGUUGAACCAGGUCUACUUCGAGGGAGGUGGCACUAUCGACGGGAAAGAAAAGGUGUCGGCUAAGGGCGUUGACGCUUUCAGCGAGGAGAAUGUCGUCAAAAGAGGUCGCAAGGGAAAGAAACGUGGCAAGAACAUAAAGACUAUCGAUGACAUGAGGGCCUCUUCACUUCCCGCCGAGUCGCGACCAUCGACCAAUCAAUGGCAGACCGCCAAAGGCGAUGUCGACUUCAUCUCCGAUCGCGCCAACAUUCCUACGCAGGUCGUACUUUCUCUAUACAACCAAGAGAAUCGUUCAGUCGCGCGAACCAUCUCGGCGAUUCUUAAGACCUUCUUGCCAGAGGAUUGCCGAUCUGAGGAACCCGAGAUUCAGGUGGAUGCUUCUGUCCUGGGUCAAGAAUAUCCCGGUCUCGCACCUGAGUAUGUCGUGGCCCUUAUCAAACUGACCCAACCGUCCAUGACAGCGGCGCGCGAACUGGCUAAAGCUCUUACGACAAAGCCGCUCACUCACGAGACCGGCAGUCGUAUUAUCAUCCCACAAUAUGCCCCUGUAAGAAUCUCAGACGGAGAUGACUUGUCUACCCACAGCGGGUUCGAUACGGAUACUUCGACUGUCGAUUUUGGAUCUGCCUCUGGCUCGACAGCCAAGCUCAGGGCAGCAAGGCAGACUGCCAUGGAUCAAGCGCGGGCAGCCUACCGCAAGUCAAGAUCCGACCGUCUUAUGGGCGGCGCUGCUGGAUAUUAUUCGCAGGUCGGUCGCGACCACGGGGCGGCACUGCACCAGUCGCAAGCUACAGAGGCAAACGCCAUCGUUGCUGCGCAGUCUUCGGCCUUUGAGAUUGACUUGCACGGCGUGACUGUAGAAAAUGCUGUGCGCAUAGCUCGUCAGAGGACAAAUGCUUGGUGGAAUGGGCUUGGCGAGAACAAGGUCAAUGGCCGAGUUGGCGCUGCCGAGCGUGCCAGUGGUUUCCGCAUCAUAACGGGUGUGGGUAGACAUAGUGCUGGCGGCAAGGGUGUCCUUGGUCCUGCAGUAAAAAAAGGUCUCGAGCAGGAUGGUUGGAGGCUGGAAGUCAACAGUGGCGCGAUCACUGUCAGAGGCAAGAACAAGGCACACUGA